GUCUGUUGCUUCUUGUGUAUAUCGCUGCGUCCUGCGAUUGGCGGAGGACAAGGAAAGGUACCCAGCGCUGGCGCGCCAUGGGCGGGUGGAUGGCCUGUUUAUAAACCCAGCUCGUUCCUCGUGGGCGGGAACAGCAACAGUAGAGAGUGAAAGUGAAGCGCAGGGAGAAAGUGAGAGAGACGGUGGAGGAGAAGAGGCUGUGGUGGCGGCUGUGGGUGACCGGGGUUCGCGGAGGGGGCGAGGCGGCCGCCCCUGAAUGCCUCUUCAACCGCGCAUGGACGACCACCUCAGCCUCCUGCAAUCACCCCCGCCGAGCGCAACCAAAACCCGGGGCGACAACCUCGUGAACCACGGAUACAUAGAGACAGAGGCCGACGUCAUGACUGUUGUCGCGUGUGACAACAUGCUAGAAGAGUCGGUGGCUCUCCCGGGCCACCACUCUCUGGACCGAUAUGAACCGGAUCACGAAUGCUGCGAGAGAGUCGUCAUCAACAUCUCAGGGUUACGCUUUGAGACGCAACUCAAGACUCUCUCCCAGUUUCCAGAGACUCUGCUGGGGGACCCCAAGAAGAGGAUGAGGUACUUUGAUCCUCUCAGGAACGAGUACUUUUUCGAUCGAAACCGACCAAGCUUUGAUGCCAUUCUUUAUUACUACCAGUCUGGCGGGCGCAUCAGGAGACCCGUUAAUGUGCCAAUUGACAUUUUCUCUGAGGAGAUCCGCUUCUAUGAGCUGGGUGAGGAGGCUAUGGAGAAGUUUAGGGAGGAUGAGGGCUUUAUAAAGGAGGAGGAGCGGCCGUUGCCAGAGAAUGAAUUCCAAAGACAGGUGUGGCUGCUUUUUGAAUACCCAGAAAGCUCGGGUCCCGCACGGGGCAUAGCGAUAGUGUCUGUCCUGGUCAUUCUCAUCUCCAUUGUCAUCUUCUGCUUAGAGACAUUGCCGGAGUUCAGGGACGAUAACAGGGAUUCGAUCACCAUUACACCUGAGUUUAAUGGCACACUCUCCUAUUUCACCAGCCCCUUCUCUGACCCGUUCUUUGUUGUGGAGACGUUGUGUAUCAUCUGGUUCUCCUUCGAGCUGCUGGUGCGCUUCUUUGCAUGUCCUAGUAAAGCCACGUUCUCCAAAAACAUUAUGAACAUUAUUGACAUUGUGGCCAUCAUUCCGUAUUUCAUCACUCUGGGCACAGAGCUGGCAGAGAGGCAAGGAAACGGACAGCAGGCCACGUCACUAGCCAUUCUGCGCGUAAUCAGGCUCGUUCGGGUUUUUCGCAUCUUCAAACUCUCGCGUCAUUCCAAAGGGCUCCAAAUUUUAGGACAGACUCUGAAGGCCAGUAUGCGUGAGCUGGGCCUGCUAAUCUUCUUCUUGUUCAUCGGUGUCAUCCUCUUCUCAAGUGCUGUCUACUUUGCUGAGGUAGACGACCCAGAUUCGGGUUUCAGCAGCAUCCCGGAUGCAUUCUGGUGGGCUGUUGUCACCAUGACCACCGUGGGAUAUGGAGACAUGCACCCCGUGACAAUCGGGGGAAAGAUCGUGGGGUCUCUGUGCGCCAUCGCUGGUGUGCUGACUAUUGCCCUGCCUGUACCUGUCAUUGUCUCAAAUUUCAACUACUUCUACCACAGAGAGACGGAGGGAGAAGAGCAGGCACAGUACCUGCACGUGGGCAGCUGUCAGCCGCUAAAUGACGCAGAGGAGCUGAAGAAGACACGCUCCUCUUCCUCGCUUAGCAAGAGCGAGUAUAUGGUGAUAGAGGAGCAUGGCAUCAACAGCACGUUCAAGCAGCCGCCCAACUUCCUCACUACCACGCAAAUCAACUCGCAGAAUUGUGUGGAUGUAAACAAAAAGAUUUUCACCGACGUGUAGCCAAUUAUAGAGCCGUGGCCCUGAACACAGGAAGGGGUGGUGCGUAAACACAGCUGCUUCCGUCGCUGCGCACCACAGAAGCUGCGCUAUCAGACGAAGAAAGAAAGAAAGAGAGCGAUCCCUGUCUGUUCAGAGACGCUGCUUUGUGCUCCAUUAAUAGAAUCAGGAUGUUCCAUGUCGGUGAUCUGAAUUCGAAAUUCUGUUUUCCUUUCGCGCUUGGAGAGAAAGAGCUCCCAUUAUUAGGCCUGUUAUUGUGCAAUAGCCAAUAUUUUAAUCACAACAUAGAAGCUUUAUAACUGUGAAGGAUGAGUACAAAUGUAUGUUACUCGAAGAAAACUCACGCUGUAUUAACAUGCAUUGAGUCGUGAUCCGUCAGUCAUAGCCAUAAUCAUUAUUCAGAAUCAUUUAAAAAUGUGUGUUUAAACACAUUGUCUGAAAACAUAGUUCUGCAUAUAUUAUCUCAAUUAGACCGUUCUGUGAUAUGCCUUUAUUGUUAAAGUCUAGUCCAAAUGCUACUGUCUUUAAAAAUAAUCCCCUUUAAUUCCUUGAUAUGGACUGCCCCACUAGGCUAUUUAAUGUGUAAACGGCACCAUAUAAACACAGGAGCACGCCGACUGUCGGUGUCUCAUCGUUGGUGCGGAGAAACACAGCCCUCUUUCAUGCACACACAACGAUCAAAGAUGUAGCUUUCUCUUUGGAUGCCUCAAAUAUAGCCCGCUGUGAUGCAGUCGCCAUGGCGAUGGUGGUUUCCGCGGUAACCCCAGUCACCGUUGCCAUGGCACCCUUGUUUCCACAGUAACCUUCCAGGUGGCUUGGAAGCUUAUUUUAAGAUUCUCGUCUGAAAAGCUUGUCCUCGGUCUCUAAUAAGAGUGUUCUGUCAUCACGCUUUGAUGACAGUGCGAACAAAUACACGACCAGACAUGCCCAGCGCCACUACAACCAACAAGCUCACUCAGUGACUUUAGCAUUGACACAAAGAAAAAUUGAAGUAAGAUGGUCUGUUUACAAAUUGCCACCUUGUGCUGCCCGCCCAAAAUGAAGCAGGCACAACUCAGAGGCGAUGAGCCGGGAGAAGUGGAAGGAGAGUUGGCGCGUGAGGAAUUAUGAAUGGACUGGGAGCGCUUUGUGUCUGGCUGUCUUGAGUGCGCUACUGGGGUCGCUCAGCAGAGGCUGCUGUUCUCCCACUGAUAAAACUGGUGAAGGUCGUUCCAUUUUUCUGCACAAACCUUCUGGAACCUCUGACCGCAAUUAUACUGCCUCACAUUUAGGGGCACAAUGACUCUG